AUGGAAAUGAUGAUGAAGAAAGACCAAGAUGAUGAAGAAGAUGAAGAUGAGGUUAUACCAACCAUUUCAAAGCCUCAAAAUCAAAAAUAUGAAAAAGAAGAUCUUCAACAAAAAAUGAUGGAAAUGAUGCGACAAAAACAAGGCGAAAAUCACAAUGAUAAACCAACAAAUUUAAAAUUUGGAGAUGCUAAUUUUGAGAAUAAAAUAUUAGAAUUGAUGAACAAAAAAACAGAAGAAGACCAAAAAACAGUCACGAGUGUAACCGACGAAAAUAUUUAUAACAUUGAAAUAGAAAAAAGAAAAGAAGAACUGGAUAAAAGGGAGCAUGAACUUAAUUUAAGAGAAAAGGAACUUGAGGUAAGAGAAAUGAAUCUAAAAGUAGAACAGGAACAUAUGAAACGUCAAUGGGAUGAACUGAACCAAAAAUUGUUACAAGAAGCAAAUGCAGCACCAAAAAACAAUUCUUCAUAUAUUGGUAAAGAUUUCGACUCAGACGAAGAUAGUGUUGGUUUGUUUGGGUUCGGCGAUUGUGACGAUGAUAAUGAUGAUUAA